GGUACCCGACCCGAACGCAAAUUUUCUGUUUAUUUGAUUUCCUAGAACUAAAAGAGCUGGAACCGAUCCAUUUGAUUCUCUGGGCAUCCAUCAAAGAAAACAGGGCUGCUUUUCGAAUAGAAGAAUAGGAGAAGUGAAGGCAGUGAGAGCAGGGAAAAUCGAUUAGAGAGAUGGCGGUGAUGGAGAAGCUGAAGAUAUUCGUGGUGCAAGAGCCAGUUGUCGCAGCUUCUUGCCUCAUCGCUGGUGUUGGUCUCUUCCUACCAGCUGUUGUAAGGCCUAUUCUAGAUUCCUUAGAAUCAUCAAAGCAAGUUCGUCAGCCUGCUUUAAGUGAUGUGGUCGCAGGUGUGACUGGUAAAAAGCAGGUUUGAUGUCAUUAAUGGAUUGAAAAGUAGGAAAACUUCAAAUGUAGCUUGUAAUCAGUGACGAAAUAAACCUUACUUUUAAAUUGGGAACUCCUAAAGAGUGACUUGUGCCUUCAACAUCAUGUUUAGUAUGAGAAUUUGAGUGUUAUUUGGUUUUGAUUUUCGGAAGUUGAGGAUUACUCAAAGCAUGGAUAAUUCAUUUCAGAGUGGAAUGUGACAUCUUCUGCUUAAUUCGCUUCCCUACAAUUGAAGUUCAUUCUGUGGUUGAUUUGCUA